GGGAGAUCACCGGUUCUGAGAGGUUUCCAAACAAAUAUUUGUUGCCAGUCAAUGAUAAAAUACUCUAUUGUUUGGAUUGUUUGCGUUGAGGAGUGACUCGACACGAUGGAUGUAGAUGCAGAGGAGGAAGAUCCAUGUCAAUUCAUGGAUGGUGAGAUGGCAGAGGAAUCCAUGGCAACAGAUGUUCCCACCUACCCAGACUGUGACCUAGCUUCUCCCCUUACUGGCUUCUUACCAAAAGAUGGCAUUUCCGUGGCCAUGGCAACAGAAAACAGAGACAUGUCGGAAGCCAGUGAUGGUGGAUGUGUUAAUGGUAAUGGCAGCAGUGUGCUUCAUCCGGACAACAGCCAUAAUGAUGUCAACGGCUUCAGUGCUGUCCCCCCUGCCGUGUGUCUGCCAGGAACAGUCAGGAACUACCAAACAUUCUCCAAACUAAUCCUGUCUCCUGGAACUGGUCUGCUGGUGCCAAAAGAUGGAACUCUUUGCAAUGUUAAUAUUGUAGUUUUGAAUUCAUGUAUAUUAACAACUGAACAACUUGGGUAUGGCAUAGGGGAUAACAUUGUGAUAAUGGUGGGUGAGGGGGAUACUGAUAUCGCUCGACAGCUCGACCUCUGCCUACAGACAAUGAAAGAAGGGGAGGUGUGUGAUAUUCAGAUACAAAUCAACUCACUCAAUGACCAAACUGGUGUCUGUGAUACAUGUUCUUUUAGAAUCCAUUUGAUGUCGUUUCAAGAGUCUGUGUUGUCAUGGCAACUGCUUCCAGAAGAAAAGAUCAGCCGUGCUGCUCAUCACAAAGAGAAGGGAACUGUGUUAUUUCAGCUCGGGAACAUAGAGUUUGCCUUCAGGAGAUUUAGCAAAGCGUUGAAAUAUCUCGUGUGUUGCCAUCCACAAGACUGUAUUCCAGAGCACCUGCUCGAAACAUACUGCAAGUUAAAAUGUCAGUGUUACUCCAACUUAGCUGCUUGUCAGAUGAAGUUGAAUAUGUUCAGUGAGGUUGUACAGAAUUGCUCUAAGGCUAUAGAAAUUGAACCGAAGAAUGUUAAGGCACUGUAUCGCCGAGGACAAGCUUAUCUUUUCUUUAACGACACAGAUUCAGCGAGAUCAGACCUGGAGAUGGUGGCCUCUCUUGAACCCCAGAACAAGGCUGUGCUACAGCUACUAGGCCAGCUGCAGGUCAAACAAAGACAGGUGGACAGCAAGAUGGCUUCAGGACUUAGCAAGAUGUUCUCCUGACUUGGCUGUGUUACAUUUGAGGGUGGAGCAAAGACAGGUGGACAGCAAGAUGGCUUCAGGACUUAGCAAGAUGUUCUCCUGACUUGGCUGUGUUACAGUUGAGGGUCGAGCAGAGACAGGUGGACAGCACGAGGGCUUCAGGACUUAGCAAGAUGUUCUCCUGACUUGGCUGUGAAGCCAAUUUCUGGUGUCCCCACCAUGAUAUUGCUGGAAUAUUGCUAAGAGAGGCGUAAAACCAUACUCACUCCUCACUUGGAUGUGUUACAGUUAAGGGUCAAAGACAGGUGGACAGCAAGAUGGCUUCAGGACGUAGCAAGAUGUUCUCCUGACUUUCUGUGCUACAGUAGAGGGUCGAGCAAAGACAGGUGGACAGCAAGAUGGCUUCAGGACUUCGCAAGAUGUUCUCCUGACUUGGCUGUGUUACAGUUGAGGGUUGAGCAAAGACAGGUGCACAGCAAGAUGGCUUCAGGACUUAGCAAGAUGUUCUCCUGACUUGUCUGUGCUACAGUUGAGGGUCGAGCAAAGACAGGUGGACAGCAAGAUGGCUUCAGGAGUUAGCAAGAUGUUCUCCUGACUUGUCUGUGCUACAGUAGAGGGUCGAGCAGAGACAGGUGGACAGCAAGAUGGCUUCAGGACGUAGCAAGAUGUUCUCCUGACUUGUCUGUGCUACAGUAGAGGGUCGAGCAGAGACAGGUGGACAGAAAGAUGGCUUCAGGACUUAGCAAGAUGUUCUCCUGACUUGGCUGUGUUACAGUUGAGGGUCAAGCAAAGACAGGUGGACAGCAAGAUGGCUUCAGGACGUAGCAAGAUGUUCUCCUGACUUGUAUGUGCUACAGUAGAGGGUCGAGCAAAGACAGGUGGACAGCAAGAUGGCUUCAGGACUUAGCAAGAUGUUCUCCUGACUUGUCUGUGCUACAGUAGAGGGUCGAGCAAAGACAGGUGGACAGCAAGAUGGCUUCAGGACGUAGCAAGAUGUUCUCCUGACUUGUCUGUGCUACAGUAGAGGGUCGAGCAAAGACAGGUGGACAGCAAGAUGGCUUCAGGACGUAGCAAGAUGUUCUCCUGACUUGUAUGUGCUACAGUAGAGGGUCGAGCAGAAACUCUCCUGACUUGACUUGGCUCUAAGAAACGACCAUUUUUGGUGGCCAAAUGCUACUUACAUCUAUGAUUGGUGACCUGAAUUUAUCUCCUGCUCACCACUUGGCUACCUAAAGGCAAACAUAACUGGUGACAAUAUCUGUUUUAGACUAUGGUUACCCAGCCGACCCUAGUGUGAUGUAUUAUUUGGCUGUGUUUGGAAUGAAGUAUCAUACUUUGAGUCGCGUAUGUUUCACAAGUGGAACAGUGAAGGUCACACCACACAUGAUGAACUGAGAUACCCUGACUGAAGGACUGAACCUCCAGUGAAGAUCCGGGUUAGAAUUGAUCUUCAGCAACCCAUACUUGUCAUGUCAGGAAACUAAAAGGAUCGGGUUGUCAGGCUUGCUGGGUUGUCCGGCUCGCUGACUUGGUUGAUGCAUGUCAUC